AUGCGGCCCCCUCAUGUUUUCAGACUUUCCUUGUUGGCCUCAUCCGCGUUGUCCCAAGGACUCUCGCCAGAUCAGGAGCUCAAGGCCAACUUCCGACUCUAUUCGGAGUACUCUGAAGCGGCAUACUGCCCAUCCGUUACAGACGGGCCCGCGGAGCACUCGGUGUGCGAGAACCAGGACCCCGGCGCAUGCCUCGAUCUCGUCAACACGACAACAACGUUCAAGGAGUUCAACUCGCGUAAAUUACUGGACUUUGAAAAGUACGGUGUCUCGGGCUACGUCGCCAGGGACCCCGUCAAGCAGACCAUCAUUGUCGCCUUUCGGGGAACCACGACGGCCAAGGAUGUUCUCACCGAUCUCUACUUUACCAUGGGGGACACCAAAGAGCUCUGCGAGGACUGCCAAGUGCACAACGGCUUCCGGGCUGCCUUUUCCAGCGUAAAGACAGACGUCUUGAAGGCGGUGCAGACUCUCAAAGACAAGAAAGGGUACACAAAGGUCGUCGUCACUGGCCACUCGCUCGGUGGAGCCGUGGCCACAGUCGCGAGCGCCUACCUUCGAAAGCGCGGGCACAACUGCGACCUCUACACUUACGGCUCGCCGCGCGUGGGCAAUCGUCAGUUUGCCCGGUUCGUCGAGAAUCAAAACCAAGGCACCAACUUCCGCAUCGCCAACCAGAACGACGCCGUGGUGGCGAUCCCGCUUGCAGGGCUCGGCAGGUUUCGCUGGUUUCUGCGCAACCGGUACGAUCACAUCUUCCCUCAGUACUGGUACAAGGACGGCUUCUCCAAGACGGGAAACCCCUACGAUGCAAACUUCGAGCGUCAUCGUGUAAACCAGUUUAGCACCUGCAUCAAGGACAAAUCUCUCUUUGGCUUUUCGGGACCACUCGACGCUCUCACCUGCAGCGUCGAGCACCACCGGGUGUACGCUAACGUCGAUCCCAACAAGAAGAAUUUCAAUCCAUGCGGCGACAAAAAAGCAAGGACAGAGGAAGAAGAGGAUGAGGAGCUUACUGCAGAGGAGCAUGAGAUGUUGGACAAGAGCCUCAGAGACGAGUUUGAGGAUGCGGCGGCCAAGAAGGCCUGUGUCAACUCUUGCAAGUCCGAGGAAGGUGAGUCGUGUCAGCCGGUGGGCAUCAAGCGCCUCGAAGAUGCGGCCAAGUGCCGGUGCACGGUGCGCCUGACCGGACAGGGCGAGCCCAAGGACGAGGACCGUGACGAGAUCGAGUGCGACAAGGACCGCGGCUCCAUUGCCGAGCCCGAGGCUUGA